UCCCCAGCGACACUCAGGGAAGCGAGACGAUGGGCCCAGUCGCCUUCUUCAGCCUCUGCCUCCUCGGCUGCCUGAUCUUUAACCCCUCGCUGGAAGCCUCGCCCCGACGUGAGCGCUCUCUCCGGCCUGGAUCGGGGGUAAAGGCCACAGGCUGUCUCAAUGGCUGGCUCCGCUACAGAGACCACUGCUUUAAAUUCUUCCCUAAGCUGGUGACCUGGUCAGCGGCUGAGGUGCAGUGUCAGCAUCACCAGCCGGGGGCCCAUCUGGCCUCCAUCGUCAAUGAGGCAGAAAGGGACGUAGUGGUUCACUACAUCACCAUGUCGGGCUCCAAUGACAGGACCUGGGUGUGGACAGAUGGCUCCCUCUACCGCUACCAUAGUUGGAAUAAUGGGGAACCAAACAACUGUGGGCCUCCAGCG